CCUAAAGAAGCAAAACAGCAGUUGAGGAGUAGAAGGAGUGAAGAGUGAAGAGUGGGGAUGGGAUUGGGUCGGAAAAUGGAGUGGGCAGGGCGGGCGAAACACUUGGGAGGAAUACCAAGAAAGGUAGUGUUGAUGGGAGUAGGAGGUUUCGCAAAGAUAGUGGCCACUAUUUUCAACACUACCUCCGUUCACAAUGCUCAUACUCUCAUUCGUCUUGUUCGCUCCAGACCUCCUGCUCUUCCUCUCCUCACUGUUAGCAAUCACAUGUCAACUUUGGACGAUCCUCUUAUGUGGGGUUUCAAGGGCUUCCCCACCUGCCACCCUAAUUUGGCUCGAUGGGUUCUUGCUGCUGACGACAUUUGCUUUAAGAAUCCCUUUUAUUCCUACUUCUUCCGACUUGGAAAAUGCAUACCUAUAAUUAGGGGUGGUGGAAUUUAUCAAGAACACAUGAAUGAAGCUCUUGAGCGCUUAGCUGAUGGAGAAUGGCUGCAUACAUUUCCUGAGGGAAAAGUGUCCCAAGAAGAUGCACCAAUAAGACGAUUAAAAUGGGGAACUGCUAGUCUCAUUGCUCGUGCCCCUGUAACCCCAAUAGUUUUGCCAAUUUUCCAUCAUGGCUUUGAAGAGGUGAUGCCUGAGAAAUUUUUGUGUGGUAGAAGGCCUCCUUUUCCACUAUGUAAUAAGAACAUUUACAUAUUUGUUGGUGAGCCAAUAGAAUUUGACCUCCCAAAAAUGAGGCAGACGGCAAUAUCUCUGUCUCGUAAUUUGUCACUUCCGCCUGUAGGAUGGCCCACGACUUCCCCUCAUGGAAUGGAUGAGGCAGCGCAGAGAUGUCUCUAUGCUGCGAUUUCUGAGCAAAUUCAAACUGUAAUGGAGAGCUUAAGGAAUUUCUCUAAAAGUUUUAUGAAGUCAAAGGUGGGAUUGUACAUAAGUGCCUCUUUUGUUUAUGAGGUUGUACAUAUUCAGGUCUGCUGUCUGCAUUCCUCUCAUGAUCAGCUUCAAGAGCACAUGCAGAUUCUGAUACUCAGCAUCAAAACUCUUGACUUAGGAUUUCAAAAUGCGACAGGGAAAAGGGCAUAUGAAAUGAAUGAAAUAGAGAUGGUGUAUAUGUGUUGGUGUGUGCUGUUUUUCAGUCCACUCAAUUCUAUAAUUGAGAUUGGAUUACGUUAAAACAACAAUAGUACUAGUGUACUUUGUUCAAAUCAACAAUAUGUAUUUGCUACUUGUUUAGGAAAGUCACGUGAAGGUUUGGGCUUUUGUGGUGCAUGGUUCCACUCUACACAGCUGUAUUAAGCGGAUGAUGACAGCCGUGAGCAAUCCUUGAUCAACCCCUAGAAUUUUCCAAAUACAUUGAAAAAAGUCAGUUGAUACAAAGCAGAUACUUUAUAAGAUUUUCCUUCUCAUUUCUCUUUAAUAUACAAAUUCACCACUUCAUUCUCUGUUAAAAAAUUCACUCCAAUUGCCACAAUAUGAACAAAAAAAAAAAAACACGGAUAAUAAAUAAAAAUUACAUUCCUGAACAAUCAAUCACUCUCUCCUCUCCCAC